AGAGAAGAGAGAAGGCAACGGGAAGGAGAUAACAGAAUAAGAGAGAGAGUUACAGGUGACAAGAGAGAGAGAGUAGCGCGAAGUGAAGAGAUGGAGGGAGAAAAUGAAGAGAGAGAAGAUGAAUCAUAAAGCCUUCACCAUGGCAACGAGCUGAAAUUUGCAGAAAUUGGGUUUGGAUUGAAGGACAACGAGUUCUCUAGGUUUUUGGAUGGGUUCCAGUUUCUCUGUAUUCUGCCUUCUUCACUCUGCAAUUGCAGUAACUUGUGGAGCUCUGAUGAUGUUUUACUUGAAUGAGAUCUCUGUAUUUGGUUAUGGAAGUGAGACUGCGAGCAAGCUUCUUGGAUCAACUCCACAUGAUCAACUCUUGAUUCAAACUGCCGAAUCCUUUUCUGGAUUGCUUCUUUUCGGAAUUGGAUUCAUCUUGUUUAUGGUUUCAUUCGUCAAGGAUAGGGAAUUUCAGAGCUUCUUUGCAAAGGGGUGCAUAUUAUUACAUGCUUUAAUGGCUUUCUGGAGAGUUUACUUUGAGAGGAGGCUUGAAGAUUUGGCUAGAGAUUGGCCAAGGCAGGUUGUUGGGGACUUGAUCUUAGGUGUCUCUUGGGUUCUCUUCCUGGUUUGUUCUUGGAGAGAGAAGUAUGACUAAUGGGCAUAUAACAGGUAUGAUGAGGCUUUUUGUGAAUUUCAAUUGAGCUUUGAAGAGACCCAUAUGCCAUAUGAGCCAUUUGGUGAUAGGCUCAUGGUGCUGUGUUAUAGGCUUUUAUGGUUAGUCUCUGGUUUCGGGGCUUGCUGUUUUAUAUUGAAUGGAAUGGAGGCAUGGUUUGUAUUUAAUGCAGCUGAUGGAGAGCACGGUGUCGGUUUUAGCGUGGUUUUGAUUAUUUUGGAGCAUAAUAUUGAUUUUCGUGUUUGCAUUCUGAUAGCAGAGGUCUUGAGUUUCAAUCGUACCUUUACCCUUCAGAAGAAAAGUCCUUUUCUGGGUCUGCUUUUGUAGUGAUCUUUGUAAAAUUUCAGCGGAAAUUAAAGCUAUGAGCUGUGCAAAAUCGUUUAUGAUGUAAUCUUGAGAUUCCAUUGUUUUAUCUUGUUUAUCAGAAUCUCAACAUGUCCAUGUUCAUGUAAUUUUGGUUGUUCUCUUCC